AUGGGUGUUUUCAAUCUCGUCGAUGAUGGUAGCGUUCCUGGUUGCGCGUCGUUGAAGUUGAGCGAUGGGAGAAAAAGAAGUAUGAGCCUGUGGGUUGAGUUUAUCACUGCAAGCGGUUAUCUAUCAAGUAGAAAGAUUCGCGCGCGCUUCCAGGGACUACUUAUGACUGCGUUGGAGAACUCCCCGUACAACUCACUCGUCGUUCUCAACACAAAUGCAACAGAAGCGAUUUUGACCAUCCGGAAUGGAUUCAUUGUCCGUAUCGUUCCAGCCUUUCGCUGUGGUGGAAUGUGGCCGAGAUCCGCGCAGCACUGGCCCCAGAGUCAACUUUGGCCAGCUCCCCAAAUUGUCUCUUCAGUCAAGACUGAAGGAUUCUCGCUUCUAUCAAGAGAUGGAAUCGCUGGAGACAGUUGGGCAUUUUCGUUCGCUGAGGCGUACACGAAUUUACUCGAAGAUGCAAACAGAAAAAUGGUGCUGGCGAUUUUAAAGACAAUUUUCGAACGACAUCUUGAGCCAGGCCUAAUCUUGUCAAAACACUUGGAAUCACUUCUGUUGAUUGAGUGUGAGAAACACCCUUCUGACGAUCGCUGGAAACCGGAAGACAUCGGAGAUAGACUCGUUGGAAUCCUCCUGCAAUCGAUCUCAUGCAUGCAAUCAAGAAAGUGCCCUCAUUACAUCCUUGACAAUGUCGAUUUGUUUUCCGGGUACGAUCCUGUUAUUUUGAAUGGAAUGGCAAAAACGACCUGGAAUAUUGAGACUUUCGCACACGCAAGCCCGUACAUGCUCAACUUCCACCAUUCCAUUCAAAACUUUGGCCAGGAAACGACGAUUGUGCGAACGGAGCAAUGUCCGAGCUGUGGAUCACGUGGUUACGUGGGGGAUUUCAGCCCGGAUCCCACCAACAACAAGAUAUUUGUUUGCCGGAAAUGUCAACAGAAAUCUUCUCGCGACAAAAAAGUCAAAAAGGAGUGCUUCAACUGCAAAACCUCCAACACCACUUUGUGGAGAAAGUUCAAAAGCCUGAAGGAUAUCCGGCUAAAAUAUCCAAACAAGGAUUUUGAUCAGAGCUCUGCAGAUCCUGCUGGCAAAGUCGGAUGCAAUGCCUGCGCGCUUUACUGGUCGCUUCAUGGAAAACACCGCCCCGCUGACAUGAAACGCUCUGACACUCCAACAAGGCGGCGACGAAAGAAAAACGGGAAAGAUUUCCCCCAACUCUUCAAUAUGGAAAUGGCGGCUGCAGCUCACCACCAGCAGCAAGCUUGGACCGCGGUGCGAAAUCCUUAUCACCAAGCGGCCUACCCCAUGAUAUCGCCAUAUGCCCUGCAUGAUGGCAACGCUUUCAUUGUCAAAGAAGAGUCCUUGGGGAUUGGCCUCAAUUGA